AUGGCAGCUAUAUUCGUAUUUUUGAUUUCUAUUGCCGCAAUUGUUGAUGCAUCUGAAGGUUCCGGUGCCGAAUCAAAUAUUUGGAUUGAAUACAAAGAUCCAGUGGUAAAUUUGAACUAUGUGAACAACUUAUUGUCUGACUACAAUAAUGCUCCGACUAAUGCAACAUUUCAGUUGGGAUAUGUUCAAACUACUGAAGAAAUGCGACAAAAUAGACUGUCGUUAACGAUGUGGACACAUCUGGACUGGUUUUUACCUCUACAAAUUUCUGGUGCUUACUGGGGACCACAGCAAAAGCUUAAAUUUGGUCUAAAUGAUCAAACUAUUAUCAAUGGUUUACCGCAAACUGUUUUUAAAAAUGCACUAUAUUUUUAUGAGCAUAAAACACCGUUGUUGAAUACGAUGUUACAUAUCAACAAAGAUGGACGUUUGCAGUUACAUUCUAAAAUUAGUGUCGAUAUUCCAUGCGUUCAUUUUUUUUUAAUUUUACAGAAGAAUACCGAAUAUACAAGUUGUGGUAAAAAAUUAUUCGGAAAUAAUUCAACAGCACAAAAUUUGGGUAAUGUCAUCUGUGAAAUGCGUUAUGGAAGUUUUAUAAAGGAUCAAUCAAUGCUGACAUUAGACUGGUCUAACGAGCCGAUUGAUGGACAAACUUUCACCUGUUCAACUGGUUCUAUUCCACAUUGUACUGUUGUUGAUGUUGUCACAUCAAAACGACAAACUAAAUUUUUGAAUGAAGAUUAUGACGAAUUAGUGGCUUGUUUUUUGCUCGACUAUAAAACCUUUGAACGAUAUGGCGUCUGA